UGACUUGGCAUUGAUCUCUUUCCCACCAAAAAAAAAAACCCUUAGACUUGACCAAGGAAGAACGUGUUCAGAAAUCUGCAGAGCCAUGGAGAAACCGUACGGAUACGCGAGCGUGAGCACCGGCGCCGGCGGGAAGGAUGUAGACCUAGAGAUGGGCGGCGGAGAGGCGACGCUUUACCCUGGCCUCAGCGACGGCGAGAAUCAGCUCCGGUGGGGCUUCAUCCGCAAGGUCUACGGUAUUCUCUCCGGUCAGCUCCUCCUUACCACCGUCAUCUCCGCCUCCGUCGUCCUCAACCCUUCCGUCACUGAUCUCCUCACCGGCUCGUCUGGCAUCCUCCUCUUCCUCUGCAUCGUCCCCUUUGUCCUGAUAUGGCCAUUGCACAUCUACCACCAGAAGCAUCCUCUCAACCUUAUCCUCCUCGGUCUCUUCACUGUUUCAUUGAGUUUCACUGUCGGAGUGACCUGUGCCAACACAGAUGGAAGAAUUGUGCUUGAAGCAUUGAUAUUGACACUGACGGUGGUCGCCUCUCUGACCGCUUACACAUUCUGGGCGGCUAAGAAGGGAAAAGACUUCAGCUUUCUCGGACCCAUUUUGUUCACUAGCCUCAUCAUCCUCAUCGUAACUGGGUUUAUCCAGAUGUUCUUCCCUCUCGGCCCAAGCUCUGUGGCCAUAUACGGCGGAAUCAGUGCUCUGAUCUUCUGCGGCUAUAUAGUGUACGAUACUGACAACCUCAUCAAACGCUUCACGUAUGAUGAGUACAUUCUGGCAUCCGUCGCUCUCUAUUUGGACAUCCUCAACCUCUUCCUCUCCAUCUUGCGGGUUUUGAGGCAGGCCAACAACUGAAGUGCACAGCCUCUGUUUGGUUGUCGGGUAAUAACUGGAAUCUCCACCUCCGAGUCAUCGGUUUGUGAAUACCAAUAAUAUCAUUUCCAUGUGUGAAUCUGAUUUUUCCGGUUUUCAAAUUUACGACUUAGCUUCAACUGAGUUGAAUGAAUGAUAGAUACCCUUAUCGUGAAAGAUCAAUUUGUGCAUUCGACAUCUAUUUGCCAAAAUUAUCAUAUACCUAAUGCUU